ACCAAUCUAAACCCACAGACCAAACCACAAUGACGGCAAAUGGAAAGAGAGAAAGAGAGAAAGAAAGACAGAAACUAAGACACUGGUGACUCCGUUUUGAAGCCUGUGACAUCCUGACCGUCCAUCUCCAUCUCCAUCUUCACUCACUCUUUCUCUUCCUUUCUUCAUUAACUAUCACAUUUCUGCUUUUCCUUUCAGAUUACUAAUCACUCCUUUCGCUUGCUUUGCUUUGCUUUUACUCUCUCCUCAAUUUCUCGUUUCAAUUUCCCCUGUUCCAACUUUCAAUUUAUCGUUCAUUUCUUGAAAAUCGCGACGUCAGAAGCUUAGGGUUAGAAACAGGAAGAGAGAGUGAGCUGAUUUGAUUCGAUUGCGGAAUUUCAUUUGCUUUUCUUAUGGUUAGUAGUUUCGGUUUUAGAUCCGAUCGUUGAUUCGCGAUCUGAGCUGAACAGUAGCUGAAAAACAGAAAAGACAAGUUGAUUUUGGAAUCUUGAAACCCUAGUUUCUGCUAAAUCCUACAUCUGGCACCUUUAUCAGAGUGAAGGGGAGAAUUUGCCCCAAGAAAGUGUGGCUAGGGUACUGCGUCAUGUAGGUUAUCCCCUGCGUGGUGGGAUUAAUAAGGUUGAUGGUAGUAUGAGGGAUAUGCACAGGAGUGGGAGUCUUUCAAGGAAUUCCACUGGUAAUAGUAGUAACAAUAACGGUAGUGGUAGUAAUAGGCCUGCGCCAUUGAGGCUUUCGUCGCCUCAGCAAUCGCUGCGCCGGCUGGGGUUGUGUUCCCCAAUUGGAACGGCCGAGCACAAGUCCCCAGUCGUGUUCCCGGAGAAGCGAAGCAAAGCGAAGGCUUCGAGGAGGAGUGGGGAGGUUGGCAGUGGUGCCCCUGUGACGGGGCGGCAGGAUGAUCAGGAUAUGAGCAAGGGUUUUGAUCAUCGAAUUGAUAUUGGUGGUGGUGGUGGUGGUGGAGGAGGAGGAGGAGACGAGAAGUCGGAUUUGUUAGGAUAUGUUGUAUACUCUGGGAAGCUUGUUUUGGAUAAGAGAAAGAUUGCUGUAGAUAGUAGUAGUGGUUCUCAGCUUGCUUCUCUUGAGGUUGCUGACCAAGAAGCUGUGGAUGCCAAACUAACAAGCAAGGCAUUGGUUUGGGGAUCACAUGUGCUGCACCUCGAUGAUGUCGUUUCGGUUUCUUAUUAUUCUGGUCUCAGACAUUUCACGGUGCACUCAUACCCAUUUAAAAAGCCUUCGUGUGGCCUUUCUUGUUUUGUGAAAGCUCAAAGAAGUCGCAAGGACUAUCGCUUUGUUGCUUCUACCAAAGAAGAGGCAAUUCAAUGGGUUGGUGGAUUUGCAGAUCAACAGUGUUUUGUGAAUUGUCUUCCCCACCCUUUAGUGUCUUCAAAGAAGCAAGCUUCUUCAGAAUUACUUCCUUCUGAUACCCCUCCUGAAUUGCUCUUUAGAUGUAAAACCCCACCUAAGAUGCUCGUAAUUUUAAACCCACGCUCAGGGCGAGGCCGUUCUAGCAAAGUUUUCCAUAAUAUUGUGGAACCAAUAUUUAAGCUUGCUGGGUUUAGAUUGGAGGUAGUCAAUACAACACAUGCUGGUCAUGCUAAAAAGCUUGCAUCAACUGUGGACAUCAGUACCUGCCCUGACGGAAUAAUAUGUGUUGGUGGUGAUGGGAUAAUCAAUGAGGUUCUCAAUGGUCUCCUUUGUAGAGACAAUCAAAAGGAAGGAAUAUCGAUACCCAUUGGAAUUAUACCAGCUGGUUCUGAUAACUCUCUGGUAUGGACUGUUCUUGGUGUCAGAGAUCCAGUAUCUGCAGCAAUGGCUAUUGUAAAGGGGGGCCUUACUGCUACAGAUGUUUUUGCUGUCGAAUGGAUUCAGAGUAAUAAGAUUCAUUAUGGAUUGACAGUUUCAUACUAUGGUUUUGUUAGUGAUGUGUUGGAACUUUCUGAAAAGUAUCAGCAGCGCUUUGGCCCACUGCGGUAUUUUGUUGCUGGAUUCCUCAAGUUCUUAUGCUUACCGCGGUACAGCUAUGAAGUUGAAUAUCUUCCAGCAUCAAAAACUGAGAGAGAAGGAAAGCUGUCUGGUGAACGGGAAGUAGUUGAUAUUGCAGAUCUGUAUACAGACGUCAUGGGCAGAUUGAAUAAGGAUGGAUUGCCCAGAGCAUCUAGUCUUUCAAGUAUUGACUCAAUAAUGACUCCAAAUCGACUGUCUGGUGGAGACAUGGAUACCUGUAGUAGUACUCAUGCUAGUACUGAACCUUCAGAAUUGGUGCGUGGCAUAGAUCCAAAGUCAAAGCGUUUGUCGUCUGGAAGAGGGAAUGUAACAUCAGAACCUGAAGUUAUUCAUCCUCAACUGCCUCUAUCAACAACACCAAACUGGCCAAGAACCAGGUCUAAGUCAAGGAAUGAUAAAUGGACUGGAUUGACCACUACACAUGAUAACUCUAGAUGGGGCAACGGUGGGACAAAUGAUAGAGAGGAUAUAUCAUCAACACUUUCUGAUCCUGGUCCUAUAUGGGAUGCUGAACCAAAGUGGGAUCCCGAGGCUAAUUGGGAUGUAGAAAACCCAAUUGAGUUGCCAGGGCCUCCAGAUGAUACAGAAGUAGGACCCACAAAGGAGGUUGUGCCUCGAUUUGGAGACAAAUGGGUUGUCUCGAAGGGACAUUUCCUUGGCAUUCUGGUUUGCAACCAUGCAUGUAGAACUGUUCAAAGCUCGCAGGUGGUUGCUCCUAAAGCUGAGUUUGAUGACAACACACUAGAUAUGCUCUUGGUUCAUGGGGUUGGAAGGUUGCGGCUAUUGAGAUUUUUUGUACUUCUGCAGAUGGGUCGACACCUUUCCUUGCCAUAUGUUGAAUAUGUAAAGGUAAAGUCUGUGAGGAUAAAGUCAGGGAAGCACACUCAUAAUGGAUGUGGUAUUGAUGGUGAGCUUUUUCCACUCAAUGGACAAGUAGUUUCGACUAUGCUUCCGGAACAGUGCAGGCUAAUUGGCCGUUCUCGUAUACGAUAACAGUGAGUCAUUUUCAAUUUUUUGAUGGGUUCUGGAAAGAAGCUCAUGUACUUUUGUCAAAUAUACAAGUCCAGAUACCCAAUUUGUCCAUGUGAAAUUCCCUAUCUUCGCUGUAACAGCUGAGGCUUUUUGUAAAUUUUUGUUCCGGUUAUAUGUAUCUGUUGUUGCUUGCAUAUCUGUCUUCCUUAUUUUUGUCCUCAGUGAAAAAAGAAAAACAACACAUUUGUGCAUUACUUGCAACAAGCCGCUGAAUGUAUUGCAUUUCUCCCCAUUUCCUCCA